AUGUGAUGUUUCUCGGCCUGUUCGCGUACGUGCUUUUGUUCGAUCUGCCAUCAACGGUCUCGAACAUGGAAUAUGUGUUGUUGACAUGGGUAAUCACCCUAUUAUUAGAGGAAAUGAGACAGAUGUACCAGACGGCUCGGAUCCACAGUUUAAAGAAGUACUUUCUCGAAGGAUGGAAUGUCAUAGAUCUAUUUACGAUCUUCAUGUUCAUGAAUGGCUUCGGACUUCGAUUCAAAAGCUUCCAAGACACCUUUGAUUGGCCCAGAGUCGUACUCGCUAUCAACUUUGUCGCGUUUUUCUUCAGACUCGUCCACAUAUUCUCGGUUCACAAAAUCCUUGGCCCGAAACUCAUUAUAAUUAAACAGAUGGUACAGGAUCUGUUGUAUUUCCUGAUGAUUAUGGCAGUGUUUAUAUUGUCGUACGCCAUUGCCUCUUUCUCCAUUCUCUUCCCCGAUUCUCCAGUUACUUGGAAAACUGCAAGACAAAUAAUAAGGAAGCCUUAUUGGCAUCUUUAUGGAGAACUCUUUCUUGAUGAGACAGAAGCGGAUUGUACACAUGACGCUAGUAUAUGGAAAAACGGAACCUUUCCACGCUGUCCAAGCGAGACCGGCAGGAUUGUAGUUCCCAUCAUGAUGGCUGUUUACCUGCUGUUUGCCAAUAUACUGCUUCUUAAUCUUCUUAUUGCAAUGUUCAGUUACACCUUUCACAAAAUACAUGAGCAAUCAGACAAGGUUGGGUGUUUCCAAAGAUGCUAUGUGAUCAGGGAGUACGCGAUGAGGCCUUUUUUAUGUCCUCCUUUUAACGUAUUUUGGCACAUGUACCAGCUCAUCCAAUGGUGUAGAUGUAGGAACGAAGAACCAUACGAUCCUUUUCAUAUUCCAUACGACUCAACUUCUCGUCACAUCAUUUGGCGUGAUUUUUUGAAAGAGGCAGUAUGCAGAUAUGUAGCAUCUUUGAAACAGAAUGAAGCAGAAAGUCAUGAUUCGAGGAUACAAAAGGCAAAUAAAAAACUUGAUCAUUUGAAAACAAAGGGUGAAGAGGAAGAAAAGUUCAGACAUCAAGCUUUUGAAGCAUUGAACAAGAAAAUUGAUGAUUUGGAGAAAAAGGCUGAAAGGGAGAGUAUAGAGUUAAGACGAAUAGUCCUGAUACUUCUAGAAAAAAUCGACGCUCUGAGUAAGAAAAAUGAUGACGAGACAAAGCCUGACACGGAACAACAGAUGAAGGAACGCACGCAAAUGUAGUAUGUACUCGAUACAUACUGGGCGGUACUGUGUCUUCAAUGUGUACACGGUACUUUCUUUGUGACACUUAAAUCUGAAACACUAGUUGAAAUCAAAACAACUUCAAUCACUUAGUAUUUCAACGGCAUAUCAUUUACAGAAAAAAAUCGUUGGUGUUUCCAACCAUAAGGUGAUGUAAAAAAGAUGUCUGCGCUUCUAAACUAUUAUUUCUUUUGAUAAUUUUAUUACAAUUUUGAUCGUCUGUUUCCUAAUCCUGAGCACGUUCAUUCUUUAUCAUUUAAGAAGGCGUAUAUGUAAUAUGUGUACAUUUUUUUGUAUUUGCUUCUAGUUGUUUUAUGUGCAUUUUGAUUUCGAGUAUUUACAGUGUUUUCACAUUCGGUGUUUCUUAAAAUAUGCGUUUAAAGAAUUGAAAAUGCAAACAAAGGCAAUUUUAAGACAUUUGAUAAUAUGACAAAGCACAGCAGUUUUAAAAGUUUGUCAGUGUGUCUCUUUGCGUAUAAAGCAUAUGUUUUUCCAAGUAUGAAAAUUCAUUAAUAUCUUUUCUUUGAUUUGUGUCUACAUUUUAAGUGCCGAAUUGUAAAAUAGAAUGUAUACCUAGCCCAUGUUUAUUAUACGUUGAUAUUAGUGUGUAUUAUGUUGGCGGAUGUGAAGUAUUGCUUUUGUAAAGACGCGAGUGCUCGUUCAGUGUGCUUCUAUUUUAACUGAUGAUAUCAAUGUCAAUGACUGAUAUAUAUUUGGCAGUAAUAAGACGUUGCAAGAGAAUGUUUGUAUUUUAAUACAAUGUCGAGUAUGUAUGCAUGUGGUUAGGCCCUUUAAACCAAGACGGUCCUUAUAAUCUUGGCGUUGCGAUCGCAACAUAUUUCUUUGUUAAUCCACAGUAAAUAUCCAUUGAAAUCCAUCAUGGCGCUGUAAAGUUGAUUUCUUUACCCAAUUACUUCAUUAAACAUCAAUGAGAAAAUAGUAAGGGACUUAAACCUCUUAAAAGUUGCGAACAUAAAAAUAAUAUUCAAAAGCAUUAAAUAAAACCAUUUUUAAUUGCUUCCGGUUUAAUACCGCAAGUGAUUUUUCUGUAAAAUAUUUUCUCACUUUUGUAAGGCAUAAAAUGCUCGUCAUUACCUCGAACGCAAACUAAUAUUCUAUAUUUACUGUAUGUGUGUUAAAGAUCAAUUAACAGAUAUUGAGCUGUAUUCACGUAUGCGUGUUUAUAUAUGUUUAUUGCCGCUUUUUAUUAUUUUAUAAUUCAAGAAGAUUUUAAUAAUUAUACAUGCUUGAUAUAUAUAU